AUGGGCGCCGGUCGGUCCGCCUCCGACGCCGUGCGGCGGUGCGGCGAGCCGCGGCUGCUGCCGGCACGACGGGGGAGCAUUGGCGCACGCGCUAGUGUUGAACAGCGCCACGUGGCAGCGGCGUCAGCACAAGCGGCGGACACAGCGGCCUUCUCGCAGGGCGGCUUCGAGCAGCUGCUGCUGGACCUGCAGGCCGCCAUCUGUCACCAGUCAGCAGAGCGGGACGGCAGCGGCAAGGCGUUCGUGGAGGAGCGGUGGGAGCGCGACCCCGGCAACCCGUGGGCGGGGUAUGGCAUCACCCGCGUGCUGGAGGGCGGCCAUGUGCUCGAGAAGGCCGCUGCCAACGUGUCCAUCGUUAGAGGCCAGCUCACUGCGGCACGCGCCAAGGCCAUGAGUGCGAGGCAGGGGAGGCAGCUGGCAGAGGGGACGGGGUACUUCGCCGGUGCGCUGUCGCUGGUGUUCCACUCCGCGCACCCGCUCAUCCCCACCUUCCGCUCCGACAUCCGCUACUUCCAGGUGGACGGGCAGAACGGCUGGUUUGGUGGAGGGGCCGACCUCACGCCUUCAUACCUCUUCCCGGCGGACAUCAGGGAAUUCCACGCGUUCUACCGCGCCAUCUGCGACCGCUACCACCCGGCGCUGUACGCGGCGGCCAAGGCGCAGUGCGACGGGUACUUCUACCUGCCGGCGCGCGCGGAGCACCGCGGGGUGGGCGGCAUCUUCUUCGACGACCUCGACCGCAUCCCCCCACCCCACGCCCCCCUCGCCCUCAGCCCCUCUGCCGCUCCCGCACCCGCUACUGCUGCUGGCGCGGGCGAGGAGGGCUUUGAACGGGCGCAUCGCUUCACGGUGGACGUGGCGCGGGGCUUCAUGGACAGCUUCUGGCCCAUCGUGGACAGGCGGCGUGGCUUGGCGUUUACUGAGGCGCAGCGGCAGUGGCAGCUGGAGCGGCGGGGGCGGUACCUGGAGUUCAACCUGCUGUACGACCGCGGGGUGAAGUUCGGCAUGGAUGGCCACGGGCGCGUGGAGUCCAUCAUGGUGUCCGCUCCACCGCUGAUCGCGUGGCGCUACAACGUGCAGCCGCAGCCAGGCUCGCCAGAGGAGGAGCUGGUCAAGGUGCUCAAAUCGCCCGUUGACUGGGCGUGA